AUGCCUGCGAAGAGGAAGAGGGCUACCGCAGGGGCUGAGGUUUCAUUACCUUCUGCCGUUAAUGGGGAACCUCCAGCAUGGGCAAAUUUCCGCUCGGAAUUAGGUGACACCCUUCCAUGGUUUCGAGCCGUUCAAGGUGGCAUAUAUCAUAAAGAUGGUCUGGCCUGGGGGGUUCUGGUUGAUCGCGACUCGGGAGAACGCUCAUACAUUGAUGAAGAAGUGGUAAUAACCAGGAUAGGUGGCUCAUGCUCUAAGAAUGCGAACGGAGAUUUGGUUCGCGUCAAGGAUCAAGCAAAGAAAGAUCUUCUGGUAAAAUGUCUCAUGAACAGCAUGGAGCAGAAGGUUCCCGUCGGAGUUAUUAUCGGGGAGCACAACACUGUCUUGGGGAAAAUGGUCCCGCACCCGUAUAAUGUGAUGGAUUACUUCCGCAUCACGAAUAUCUGGUUUGAAUGUAUUGGCAAGCGUAUUGCUGCGAAGGUGCGCUAUGAGAAGUUGGAUCUCCAGAGCAAGAGCUGGUGGGCGGACAAAGGGUCGUUACCACCGCCGCCUCUUCAAGAACGUGAUUUUGCAAGCAGACCAAACUCAGUUGAGUGCAAUGCAUGUAACAACAGGAGCUUUCAGGUAUUUCACCAAGGCUGGAUGUGUCUACAGCCAUCCUGCACCCGUUUCUUUAAAAUUGGAGCGUUGGCCGCUCCUGCGAACCUCACCUACCACCAAAAGUUCCUGAGCUAUCGGAUGGCCCCGGACCCCGUCAUAAAACCUCACCACAGCCUGAUACCAGACCUGCUCAGCACUUUUGAUGAGGAUGACGCAAGUGUAGCGACCAGUAGAGUGGCUUGGAAAGGGAUUGUAUGCCCACAGUGCCGCAAAUGUAUCUCACGAAAGUUUUGGAGAGGCUGGAAGUGCAGUGACGAUAGUACCUCUAUUUCGACUCAACCUCAGCAUUCAUGCACCUUUGAGAAAAUGACACGAAUGCCAGUUGUGUCCUUACGAUCUGUCAUUGAUACUCUCGAAAUCGCUCCCCAGAAGCGAGCCUUUAUGCCUGAUGACAAGUUCAUGACUCCAGAGGUUGACGAUAACUCACUGGCUCCAUACAGGAGAGAUUUCCUUUGA